AUGUUGACUCUGAAGCAAGCAUUCAGUGUAGCUGCUGUGCACCAGACCUCGAAGACUGCAACACCUCUGUGUGACGGAUGCCCCAUGCAGUGCAUGCACAAACUCUGUGAGAAGAUAGAGGGUCUGCCGCCAUCUAAAACCAAACUUGAAUUACAAAAGCACAUUACAACAUUAAAUAACCAGGAGCAGGCCUCUUUGUUUGAAGAAAUACAGAAAAUUCGGCCCAGAUCAGAGCAGAGGGAGAAUGAACUGAUUAUUUCUCGGCUGCGGUGUCUGUAUGAGGAAAAACAGCGGGAUCAUGUUCACACUGUGGAGUCAAAACAGAAUUCGCAGAAUACAGCCAACCCCCUGAGUGAGCUGCAGAGCAGUGCCUCGCGCUUCAAACUGGAGCUGCUAAAGAGCAAAGCAAAGAGAUCACUGACAGAAUCACUAGAGAGUAUUCUA